AUGUCGUCUAGUGGCACCAUAAGUAACUAUUAUGUCGAUUCUCUCAUAGGCCAUGAAAGCGAAGAAGUUUAUGGGAGUAGAUUCGUCCAGGGAGGUCACAGUGCGACCUCCAGGCCAUCAGGUGUUGCAGAGGGUUCAGAUUUUUCCUCUUGUAGCUUUGCACCAAAAUCCACCGUGUUUUCCACCUCCUGGUCCACUGUUCACCAUCAGCCGUCUGCGGCAAUGACCGGGAUCUACCACCCCUACAUGCACCAGCCCCACUUAGGGGCAGCCGACGCUGGCCGCUACGUGCGCUCCUGGAUCGAGCCCUUCCCGGGCUUCCCGGGCGGCGGCGGCGGCAGCGGAGGCAGCGGAGGCAGCGGAGGCAGCAGCAGCGGCGGCUCCGCGUCCAGCUCCGGCUCCUCCAACGGGCGCCACUACGGGAUAAAGCCGGAGACGGGAGCAGCCGCCUCCUCGUCUUCCUCCUCCUCUUCCUCCUCCUCCAAAAGGACUGAGUGCUCCUCGUCCCGGGAGUCCCAGGGGAUCGGUGUGCCCGAGUACACGUGCAGCUCCUUCCUCCAGGAGUCCCGGGAGAAAGCGCCUGCCGCCAGCUCCAAGGACCCCGCCGCCUGCAGCCACAACCCCAGCCCGAGCAGCGAUCUGAAAGAGGAGAAGCAGCAGCAACUUGACCCAAAUAACCCUGCAGCAAACUGGAUCCACGCUCGUUCAACGAGGAAAAAGCGUUGUCCCUACACAAAGUAUCAAACUCUGGAACUGGAAAAGGAAUUUCUGUUUAACAUGUACCUCACCCGAGACCGCCGAUACGAAGUAGCUAGGAUUUUAAACCUCACAGAGAGACAGGUCAAAAUCUGGUUUCAGAACCGAAGAAUGAAAAUGAAAAAGAUGAACAAGGAGAAAGGCAAUAAAGGAGACUAA